AUAUUUUGUUUGUCAUCUAUCUCUUCAUAAAUUGUUUUUUUGUGAUAAAGAUAGUCGCGCUGUCAAUUUAAAAGUUAGAAAAUGGCAUUAGCUGAGAUUUGUAAAAUUUCGAGUGCUUCGUACAUGAUGCCGACUGCAUGGUCCUCGAAAGAAGCUUGCGAUGAGAUCAAUGCAUUCUCCAGUAAUAUAGGAAAUCCAUACACAUUGGCUACCCCCCCAUUUGAAAGUCCAUUAGAGAACUUGAAAAAAAUUCAAUCAAACGCCGAUAAAACCGGCAUUAAAAUAAACUUUGAUCACGGCACGACAACUUUGGGAUUCAAAUAUCAAGGAGGAGUUAUAUUAGCUGUCGACUCCCGUGCUACCGGCGGUCAGUACAUUGGAUCGCAAUCAAUGAAGAAAAUCGUGGAAAUAAAUCAGUUCUUACUUGGAACUUUGGCUGGUGGUGCGGCCGACUGUGUUUAUUGGGACCGUGUAUUGGCAAAAGAAUGUCGCCUUCACGAGCUACGCAACAAGGAGCGUAUUUCAGUAGCCGCGGCCAGCAAAAUUAUGGCCAAUAUUGCUCAUGAAUAUAAGGGUAUGGGUUUAAGCAUGGGUAUGAUGUUAGCGGGCUAUGAUAAGCGUGGACCUGGUCUAUACUACGUCGAUUCCGAGGGAUCACGCACUCCCGGAAAUGUAUUCUCCGUUGGAAGCGGCUCCAUUUUCGCCUUCGGCGUGCUGGAUUCCGGCUACCAUUGGGACUUAAAAGACGAUGAAGCCCAAGAGUUAGGCCGACGUGCCAUUUACCACGCCACCUUCAGAGAUGCGUAUUCCGGCGGUAUUAUUCGCGUUUAUCAUAUGACAAAAAAUGGUUGGGUAAAGAUUUCUGAAACAGAUUGCAUGGAGCUUCACUACAAGUAUAAAAAAAUUGAGAAAUCAAACUAAUAUUUUAAUUCAAUGAAAUGAAACCUGUGGUUUAAAGAAAUA